AUGUUGUCUGGCACUAUUGCCUCGGUCAUUGCCGACACACAACCCGAGAUUGCAGCCAUUCCCAUUAUUGUGGGGGGUCUCACGUGCCAGGGACUUGGAUUAUCCGUCGCCGUCCUUAUGUACGCACAUAUGAUCGGUCGAUUGAUGUCUGCAGGCCUACCUAAUCGAGAGCAUAGACCAGGACUAUACAUGUGUGUUGGACCCCCGUCGUUCACGGCUCUGGCCUUGAUUGGUAUGGCCAAUGGACUACCUGAUAGCAUUGAGCCUGGUAUGGACGGUAUCAAGAUCGACCCUGGUAUGAUCCGCGCCAUGGCUCUCGUAGCAGGAAUCUUCCUUUGGGCUCUUGCGGCUUGGUGGUGGGGGAUUGCUACCGUGGCUGUUAUUCAGUCUCCUCCUGUCUAUUUCCACCUUGGUUUCUACGCUAUGGUCUUCCCUAACACUGGUUGGAUUCUCGCUACUAUCUCUAUCGGUAAUGCGUUGGGCAGUGAGCACGUCAAGUGGAUGGGGACAGGUAUGAGUAUUGUGCUGGUCAUUACAUACUUCUACGUUGUCUACAGACACAUCAAGGCUUUCAUAAAGCAGGACAUCAUGUAUCCAGGAAGGGAUGAGGAUUUCAACGAUCAUUGA